ACAAAUGACGGGCCAGGAUAAAAUGCGGACGCGGACCGAACAGCUGAUUUUGUUUUCAUUUCCAAAGUUGUGCAACUGUUGACUACUGUUCUUAUCGGAAAUUACUUUACAAUAUAUUAUAGAAAACACAAAUUUAAAGAUGCUGGACUUAGAAGUAAUUCCUGAAAGGUCGUUGGGUUGCGAACAUUGGGAGUUUAUUUUAGGAAUGCAGUUUUCCCAAGCAGUUUGCAUAUGCAUGUCUCAGGUUGCAGUCAUGAAGAGAGUUCAAGUAAUAUACAAUGAAAAUGACCCCUUAGCUUCUGAUCUUAUCUUGAGUCUAACUCUGGAUGGAAUACGACUUCUCUUUGAUUCUGUUUCACAACGCUUGAAAGUGAUUGAGAUAUUUGCCAUGAAUCUCAUUAAGCUUAAAUAUUGUGGCCUGGUAUUCAGCUCUUCUGAUGUUAUUCCAACAAUUGAUCAAAUAGAUCAUUCAUUUGGAGCUACACACCCUGGAAUAUAUGACCCAGAGAAAAGAAUAUUUACCCUAAAUUUUCGUGGACUUUCUUUUACUUUCCCAGUGGAACAAGCUAGUGAACCAAGAUAUGUUCGAGGUCUCGGUUCACUGCAGUUCACCAAUGGCGCAUCCCCAAUUGCAUCAAAAAUGUUCAUAUUUAGUGGCAACAGCCUAGUUGAUAGCAAACCUCCUCCGCUACCUAUAUCUUGCUUCUUUUCUCAUCCCUAUCUUCAAGGGCUGGAAGUGAUUCGCCAUAAUGGGUGCACCUCGGGGAUCAAGCUUUCUGUUAUUUGUGAAGGACCGUCACAAGUGCUGGAACCUAGACGCCACGCCUGCGUUCAAGAAUUAUGUUUUGGCGCUUCCGCGGAGGAUGUUCUUACUUUGCUAGGAGCCCCUUCACGUGUGUUUUAUAAGGAUGAAGAUAAAAUGCGAAUUCAUAGUCCUCAGGCGCAUCGCCGAGCUCCAGCUUCUUUUUCAGACUAUUUUUACAACUACUUUACACUAGGACUAGAUGCUUUAUUCGAUGGGAAAUAUCAUAAACUGAAAAAAUUCGUUCUUCACACUAACUAUCCGGGACACUACAAUUUCAAUAUGUACCAUCGAUGUGAAUUCAAGCUCCAACUGCCAACGAAACCUAUUUCAACGGACAAUUCAAAAUUAAUUGAUUUAUCGCCUACCUUCAUCACUGUAUCUGCUUAUUCACGCUGGGAUGAAGUCUGCGAGAAAGUGCAGCCGAGUUCCCGCCCAAUUGUUCUUCAUCGAUCUUCAUCCACGAACACAACAAACCCCUUUGGUUCUACAUUCUGUUACGGGGUUGAGGAUAUCAUUUUUGAGGUGAUGCCGAACAACUUGAUAGCAUCUGUAACUCUCUACGCAUCCGAUGACAAUUUGCCAUUGCACGGACAGGAAUCGAUCGAACCUAUGUGUACAACUGAGGCAACCCAUAUGUGAAACCUCUCUCUCCAGAAGUGGAAGCAAGCAGAGGUCAUACCAUGAAAUAUGACUAAAGGAGCGUAUACGCACAUGUAUCGUACCAUAUCUGCACUUCAGACAUAAAAUCGCGUCGCUUCGGUCACAACUGCUUCGCGCAAAAGUUUACUUUUUUUUACCAGUUGCCUACACGCACCCUGAUCUGUACGUUAAUAACCAUAAUUCCAGCUCCAUCUCGCAUAUGAGGUCGGUUGGGGGUAAAAUUCUCUUUUAUCCAACACUUUCCUUCAUUCUUCUCCGAAAUUAUAGCCUCAAACGAUCCUUCAAAACUGAGUUGGAAGCUUCUGACAUUUUUUAUCCGCAUAAGGAUUCCGAAAGUACCUAUCCAUCUCAAAGGAAAAGGACAGCUCUGGCUUUCAGAGAAAGAGGAAAGGGUAUAUCUGGUUAUCUGCAUCUAAACACGAGAUGGCUGCCUUAACAUGGUACAUACUUCUGGAAACAGUGACGGAUCACCCAGCCAUAAUCCCUAUCCGCUUACCUAUAAAAGCCAGAGCUGUCUUAAAUUUUUGAAUCCCAUCCUAUCUAUAUCACAUAAUAUAAUCACAAUAAUAUAUUCUAUCCUAUCAAAGAA